UUUAUAUGAAGAAACAGUUUCUGAAUUGGUUUCUCUUAAUCAUAUUUUGCUGCUAACAUGAAAGAGUCUGCUUUGGCAUAAGCUUUUUAUAACCAUUUUGAAGACCAAAAGGAACUAGGUAGCAAUCUUUCCUCAAGAGGUUUUCAUUUGCUGUUUUAACCAUUAUGAGACCUUGUCUGCACUGGUGGAGGAAUAACAGAGGUUCACAGCGAGGAUACAUGGGUACAAAAAGCCUACUGUGCACUAUAGGGAUUAGAGUUCAAGAAUUAUAUCUUAUGGGCCUUCGUGGCUGUGCACAUUUGUGAACUGAUCAUAGAAUGCCUUGUUAGAGGCUUUCCCUUUCAUCCCAAAUUAGACGGAUUGGUUUUGUAUGCGUAUAUUUCUGUAUAUUUCUAAACUCUUUUUUUAAGCCAGCAUGCGACAUUGAAGAUAAUCUACCACUUUCCACAUAUAUAAGUGUAAGUGGCAAAAAUGGCAGAAUCAGAAAUCAAAUCAUUUGUGAGACGACUGGAUAUAUCCAGUCAUUUUGAGAAAAUGGUGAAGUUAUGUGCACCAUGAAUUCACACCAAAUGCAGAUCCACAGUGUGUGGAUCUUAAGUACUUUUAUGGAGUUCAGUGCUGUUUACAGAAUUGGAAUUUUUUGAUCACUAAGUUGAGGCACUAAAUAAAAUGCUAAGUAUCUUUAAGCUCUUAAAAUUGUGAGAUUUGGCAGCAUUAAAGUUUAGAUUUCCUUAUGCUAUCCAUUUUACUUAUUCACAGAUGAAGUUAAAGUAUUACAUAUCAAGUUAAAAACACUGCAUCUUCUGUAAUAGUUUCAUAGAAUUUGGUAUUUUCCUUCAACUACUUGUUACAGAAUUGAAGCAGGAAUUGUUGUUUCUUACAAAUUAUCUGGUAGAGGACAACAGGAGCGAACCGUAAAACAAUUGGGUAAAAUAAUAUAUAUGACAUUUAGCAAGAAGCAAUACAAUAUUUGUUUUUUUGUGCUUUUAUUUGCAUUUUGGUUAGCAUGGAGCACCUAUUAACAAGACCCUUAGAAGAAAUCUGUGGGUUGUGUGGGAUGUUUCUUCUGCUAAGGAACAGUGGAGAACUAUCCAUACGUGUUCCAAAAUAUCAGAACUUGAUUUUAUAAAUGUAUCUUUUCAGAAAACAAGCUUAAUUCUCAGAAGAGUCACAUUAGCACUCAUUAGGGGACUGAGUGCUUCAGGGUACUGUUAAUGAAAUUCAUUGCCUUUUGCCUGUGGGCUAUCAGUUUGAAUUCAGUUGAACUCAGUGGAGAUUUAAAAUUGUUCUAUUUAAUGGCCUUUUAGUCAUCUCUAAUGAGAUGAGUUUGGUGGCUCUCAGUCCCGUAAUGUAAACCAUUAGCUCUGCCUUCUCCUAACUGGCAAGCUCCAGAGAAAGCCAAAAGUUUAAUGGACUCUGGGGAAAGGUUUGUAUGUUACCAUGAAAAAGCAAACCAAAGAAAAGAAAAGGUCUUGGUGCACACUAGUUACGUGAGCACUAACAAACACGUUUGUAAAUGUAAAAUCUGCAGUCAUAUAUGAAGUCUGAAAAUCCGCAAAUUAACUGAGCAUGUGACGUACGCUGCUGCACAGCAAUGCACAGAAUGCAGUGUGACAAGGAUUCCCAAAGGGGUUAUCUACACCUAUAUGUAAAAUCACACAACACAUUAAAUGUUUAAAUGUCUCUGUAAUUCCUGUCAGAUAAACAUACAUAUAUAUAUAUAUAUUUAGGAUCAGAACAGCUAUCUGGAUAGUAACUGCAGUUAUGGAAAAUGAUGCAAAAAAAAUUGAUUUCUUAAACGUGCCUCCAUUAAUUCUCAGUAGUUAAAUGCCUCUCAUCUAUUUGUACAGACAUUUAGCUCAGUUUUUUUUGUUUUUUUUUUUAAUGGGAGUGAUGUUUUCAGAACCCUCUAGAGAAUACGUAUCAGUUUAAUUUAUCCAUGCUGUAGUUAAACUUUUCCUAAUGUCUAACCUUAAUUUCUUUUAAUACACCUUGAAACUGUUACUUUUUGUUCUUAGCUGGAUGGAUUUAAGUGUAGUCCUCUAUUCUCCAGACUAAGAAAUCUAAAUCAUUCCUAUUUUCAGUUUGGGUUACAUUUUUCAAAAAUUCUGAUUAGUUGGUUGGUGUUUUUUCCCCCUCCUGCUCUUUCCUUCUAUUGGUGCUCUUUGAAAGAUACAUUUUCUUGAAACAGAGAGCCCCAAACUUAACACGGUAUUCCAGCCAAAGAUUUACCAGAGUUAAAUCUAAGGAGAAAUUCUUUGUAUGUCCUAGAUAUGACAGUUCUGUUCACACAUCUCCUUGUACUGCAGCUUUUUCUCAUAAGUGUGACAUUGUGGACACAUGUUCUGUUUGUGAUUUACUGUGGACCAUGGCCCCUGUUCUGAAGCCAUGGUGUUUAUUCAUCUGUUCCUAGCCUUGCAAUCGUGCAAUUGUUGUUUUCCCAUUUGAAUUGACAGAAAUUGACAGUUGCACCCUAUUUUUGCAAUCAAGAUCAUUUUGAAUCCUAUUUUUGCCCAGCGACAUCCUUAAAGCUCUGCCAUUUUGUUACUGUUGGCAAAUCAUAGAAUCAUGUAAUAUCCUUAGUUGGAGGGGACCUCACUCUAUUCCAUUACUCAUGUAAUUAGAGAUCCAGGACACGUCCAUUCCCAAGGAGCUGUGUUUGCUAUAUUCUGUUGUUAUUCACAGAGAAGAACUGCCAACUACUUUUUGAGUAGUUUUGUACCACUGCAGUCUUUUCAUUCUGUUCAGAUUUCUUUCACUUGCUCAGUUAUUGAGUUCUGAGUCAGUGUCAAAAGUCUUACUGAAGUCAAGCCACAGCAGACCUGCCGCUAUUCCCACCUGCGGUCCAUUAUGCAGUCAUCAAAUGGAAUGAGUUUGGCUCUGUAUGAUUUUCUUGACAAAUCCACGUUGGCUGUAACUUAUCACUUCAUUAGCUACCAUGUACUUAAAGAUGUGUGAUUAUCUGCUUCAGUACUUUCCCUGGCUCUUCCUACCCUCCCCUUGGAAUUGCACGUGCUAUGCAUUCCCUUUUCCCCUCUUCUGAAGCGCCAGUUGUCUUCAUGAGCUCUCAGUGACAACUGCUCACACCUCUGAAGUCGCCUUAUCACCUUCUCACUCUAGCGUGAAAUCCUAUGGGCCUAGUAAAUCUAAAGAAAAUCUAAUUUAUCACAGCAGUCCCUAAUUUACCAAUUUGUCUCCCUUGAAUCCCUGCCCUUUUGAACCGGAGCUUGCCAUCACAGCCAUUAAUCUGAAGGGCUGGCAGUGAACGCCAGUUUCUUGGCGUCCCGUCAGGGCUGCUCCCCAGGGCAGAGCGGCCACCUCCGCGUUUUCUCCUUUCCCCUUGCUGCCGCUUUGCUCUGCGUUUCCCGCUCCGCUCUCUCGUUGCCCUGUCACAUCGUUUGCCAGCCGCUGCUUGUUGCAGGACUGCCUCUUUUGUGCAGCUCCUUCAGCGUUUGACCUAGUUUUCCACUUUCUGUGGGAAAGGCACCGCUAAGCAGCAGGCGCUUCGGCUUCCCGCUCCCCCGCGCCCCGGGAGCCCGGCGCAGGUGAGGGGAGGCCACGCCGGGGCGGGAGGCGGCCGCGUUCGGCGUUUCGCCUUUUGAAGAGAUCUGCUAGGAGUUUCUCCUCACGCCCACGGACGGCAUUUCCCGCUUGCGCUCUCAGCGCUGCCGGGGACGACCCGAGCCCGACGGCGCGGCGGAAGCCGCGCGGCGAUAACGGUGCCGCUCGCGCCGCCGGCGGGAAGGCGAGCGAGGUCGCGACCCCGCACCUCACUGCGGGAGGGGCGGCGCCGGAGCGGGAACGGCGGGGGAACGAAGGGCGCGUGCGCACUCCGCUCCCCGGGACGUGGGUCUCCGUGUACGGUAUGGGGGGGCGGGAAGCUUACGCGAUGACGUCAUGACGCUGCGCGCAGGACGUAACCCCGGCGUGACGCACAGCCCGGCGAGCCCGUUUGUUUUAAUGUGGAAGUGGAUCUCAGAGCUUAAUGCAAAAAAAACAAACAAAGGAAAAAAGGAUGUCAAGCGUGGUCUUCCUUGGUUUUGAUGAAGGACCACUGCAAGGAGCCAUGGACAUUUGUUGUGAGUUAUAACACCGUGAUUUGAAGAGUCUAGUAUAAAUGUACUUAAUGGACAGACCAGCAACAUGGAUGAUUUAGAGAUAAAUACUGAAGUUACUGGUGCUAAAGAAGAAGAAGAGGAAAUCCUAUGUGAUUUUGUAUCUGAGGAGGAAGGUGGCAUUCCUGAAUCACAAGAGAGUGACACAUUGUUUCAGAAAAACAGUACAUUGACUCUGCCUGAGGAGCUAUCCAGGGACAGAUCUGAAAAAGCCUUAAGUGGAGGCCAGACUUCUCUAUUUAUACACACUGGUGCUCCUACUGUUUCUAGUGAAAACUUUAUCUUGUCUAGAGGAACUGCUGUUAAUGGACCAGUUUCACACUCCACCUCAACAAAAACUUCCAUUAUGAAUAAAGGCAGUGUUUCACUAACCACUGGACAGCCUGUAGGUCAUCAUACAGAUUCCUGCUCAACUUUGACGGUGGUUCAUGAUCUUCAGCUGCCUGCAAAGAGUACAACAGAAAAUUCAAAUCAGCACCAAGUUUUAUUUUUGUUACCUGAUGUAGCACAUGCUAAGAACGUGACUCAUUCCAUUAAAAAUUUACCUACCUCUGCUUCAGUUGGUUGUGACUCACAGAAAUCAGUAGGAAAUAGUGUAGACAGCACUUUAGUAGGCCAAGUAGAAGUUUGUGAGGAUGAUAAAAAUUUACUGGUAAAAGACGAUUGUGUUGAUGCAUUAACAGGCAUUUCCUCAGGUACAGGUGGUUUCAGAUCGGGAUGUGAACCCAGCUGGGAUCCACAGAAAGAGUUUAUACAGUUUCUUAUGACAAAUGAAGAAACAAUAGAGAAGUCUCCAAUUCACUGUAAAGUAGGUUUAGAAAAAAAGAGAAAAAGAAAAAUGGAUGUUAGUAAAAUAACACGCUAUACUGAAGACUGUUUUGGUGAUACUACUUAUAUUCCUAGUAAGUCAAAACUGGUAACUGUUGACUUCUUAGAACAGAAUGAGGAACUACAAAUAGUAGAACCUCAGAAAUACUCGUUGAGUAAAGUAAAGCCUGAAUCCACAGAUGAAGAGCUGGAAGCUGUUGAUGCUAUCCAGCAGCUCAUUUAUAGUCCCACUGGUAGCUGUGCAGAGGAUGCUUCUCCUGUUCACACUAGCACUUUUCUUUCCAAUACUUUAAAAAAUAAAUGUGAACAGAAUGAUUCUGAAUCACCAUCUACCUUCAGUACUGAUGAACCAUCAUUUUAUCCCUGUACAAAGUGCAAUGUGAAUUUUAGGGAGAAGAAACAUCUGCAUAGGCAUAUGAUGUACCAUUUAGAUGGGAACAGCCAUUUCCGACAUCUCAAUGUCCCCAGGCCUUAUGCAUGUAGGGAAUGCGGGAGGACAUUUAGAGAUCGUAAUUCACUUCUUAAACACAUGAUAAUUCACCAAGAACGAAGACAGAAACUGAUGGAAGAAAUCCGUGAGCUGAAAGAGCUUCAGGAUGAGGGUAGGAGUGCACGGUUACAGUGCCCACAGUGUGUAUUUGGUACCAAUUGUCCCAAAACAUUUGUGCAGCAUGCAAAGACCCAUGAAAAAGAUAAAAGAUACUACUGCUGUGAGGAAUGCAAUUUCAUGGCUGUGACAGAAAAUGAACUUGAAUGCCAUCGAGGGAUUGCUCAUGGAGCAGUAGUCAAGUGUUCUGUUAUUGGUAGUGACAUGUCCCAGAGGAAGUCACAGAAGAAGGCAUCCAUGAAAGAUCCAUAUUUAGGAUCCUCAAAGAAGUCAUCGACGUACAUGUGUAAGAUGUGUCCAUUUACAACUUCAGCUAGAAGCAUUUUAAAAAAACACAUGGAAUAUUUGCAUCCAGCAUCUUGCAUUGAUCCCUUUGGUAGCCAUCUUAGACUAGAAAAAAGAAAAAGCAGCAUAAUAGAAGAAUCUUUAGAUUUUGGUAGCAGGACAAAACAGUUGAUAAAACAAUCUUCUACGUUUCCAAAGAACUCAGUUUUAAAACAAGAUGUAAAACGAUCAUUUGGCUCUACUUCACAGUCCAGUAACUUUGGGAAACUUCACAAGAGACCCUACAGGAUACAGAAGGCUCGGAAAAGCGUUUCACAGUCAUCUAGACUUAACUCUGCUGAAAAAAAAGACAGCUAUGAAACGGAGGAUGAAAGUUCAUGGGAUAAUGCUGAACUAUGUGAUUACACUACGCGGUCUGUGGAGGAUGAAUCUUACAGUGAUAUUAAUCAGGAGCAUGUAAGCCUAUUCCCCAUAUUCAAAGGUAAAAUGGAAGAUCAUGAAGCUGGUGAUAAAUCUUCACUUAGUUAUGAGCAGAAUGAUGGCUUUUAUUUUGAGUAUUAUGAAGAUGCUGAGAGUAGUAACUUCCUGCAUGAUUUGCAUGAUGCACAGAAUUUAGAAAAUGUAGGAUCAGCAUUGCCAAAGCAUAAUUCAGUUUUCCAUUGGACUGAUCUGUCACUUGAAAAGAAGUCCUGCCCAUACUGCCCAGCAACCUUUGAAACAGGUGUUGGAUUGUCCAACCACGUCAGAGGACAUCUUCACAGAGCUGGAUUAAGCUAUGAAGCCCGUCAUGUUGUUUCACCAGAACAGAUAGCAACAAGUGACAAAAUGCAACAUUUUAAAAGAACUGGAACAGGAACUCCUGUUAAACGUGUUAGAAAAGCAAUUGAGAAAUCUGAAACUUCCUCUGAGCACACGUGUCAGCUCUGCGGAGGCUGGUUUGAUACUAAAAUUGGAUUGUCAAAUCAUGUGCGAGGACACCUGAAGAGGCUUGGCAAAACCAAGUGGGAUGCACACAAGUCUCCGAUCUGUGUUUUGAAUGAGAUGAUGCAAAAUGAAGAGAAGUAUGAAAAAAUACUAAAGGCUUUGAAUAGUCGCCGUGUUAUUCCCAGACCCUUUGUUGCUCAGAAAUUUGCAUCAAAUGAUGACUUUUUAUCUCAGAAUGUUAUACCUCUCGAAGCAUACCAUAAUGGCCUAAAGACUGAAGAUAUAUCUGUGUCUGCAUCAGAGGAAGAAGGGCUGAGUUUCCUAAAUGAAUGUGAUGAAACAAAGGCAGUACUACAUAAUGAAAAAAAAAAUCAGUCACUUACACUGAUAGAACUUCUGAAAAAUAAAAGGUUAGGAGAAGAAAGGAGUCCUGGUAUUUCUUCUCAAAAGAUUCAUAAUCAAACUGCGAGAAAGAGGUUUGUUCAGAAAUGUGUUCUUCCAUUAAAUGAAGACAGUCCAUUGAUGUAUCAGCCACAAAAAAUGGACUUGACUAUGCAGUCAGGUAUGCCUGUGAAGCUUAGAACGUGUGUGCAUUGCAAUACGACGUUUACAAGUGCUGUUAGCCUGUCCAACCACUUACGCGCUUAUGCACGAAAGAAGAGUGCUGGACUUUUGACUGGGACAGCUUUGGACUGUAAGCAAAAGAAGUCAAGGUCAAGAUCUGGAAGCAAGAAAAAAAUGCUGCCAUUACCUCAUAGUGCUGAUGAAGUUUACAUACUCAGAUGCAGGUUUUGUGGUCUGGUCUUUCGAGGACCUUUGUCUGUUCAAGAAGACUGGAUAAAGCACUUGCAGCGACACAUUGUCAACGCAAAUCUUCCACGGACUGGAGCUGGCAUGGUUGAAGUCACAUCGCUACUUAAAAAACCUGCUUCGAUUACUGAAACUUCAUUUUCUUUACUGAUGGCAGAAGCAGCAUCAUAGAACAAGAAAACAUUUUCAAUUUUAAUUGGAUGUAAAUUUGAAAUCCUUUGUCAUUUUUUUAAAUAAAUUGUUACACUAAAUUAUGUUUAUAAAUCCUAAAGGCAAAAAUAGAGGAAGUGGAUGACAAUAACAUCAAAAUAAAUUGAAUACUUAACAGUUACAGUAAGUAGUCUUUAUAUUUUAUAUAGGGUGGAAGAUGUGUUUUUAAGGUUUAUUAUGUUUUUGUCAGUUACUGUGUUCACUAUCAAUACAAGACCAUUACAUGUAUGGCAGCCAUUUUUAAAUCGUUGCACAUGGGUACUUAAAAGACAGAUUUUAAUAAAACAAAGAAACCACGUUCUCUGCAGUGUUACCCAAAUCGAGGCUCUGUUUAUUCCAAAAAAACUAAAAAAUAAUUAAAAAAAAAAAUUACAUAGUAAAAUAAGAUAUUAUAUUUUGUUUGUAUGUAUGUAGUGUUUUGUAUAAUAUCAAGAACUGCUAAUACAAUUUACUCAACUUUAGGGCAUUAAAUACCAUGUUACUUCAUAGUUCAAAGACUGUUUCAUUCAAAUAGGGCAAUUAGUACUCUUCUAUCUAGGUGUGUAAGUGUUUUUUUUAAAUCACAUGAGGCUUUUUGUACUAAAAAGUGGAGGGAAACUUGUCUAAACAAAUUUCUAAGAUAAAUAUGUACAUAAUACUGGAAAUUUGUGGUAAGGAAAUAUUCUUUACUUCAGUUGCAUUUCUCACUGACAAUAAAGUGGUGCAUCCAUGCUACCUCCUACUUGUCAACAAAGAUGGUAUUUACCCUUAUGUUUUUGUAUCAUAGUAGAUUCAAUCCAACUUUCUUUAUUACAAAGCAUCUUUUUGUUAACAAGUUUGUUCUUUAUGAUGAUUUACUUAAAGUCUGACUUGCUUACAGAAGUUUGCCUCUCUACUAUUUUAUUUAACACUGUAGAAAUGUACUAAUAAGCAUCGCUCACUACACGGUUAGAGUAGACUUUUCAUUUAUAAUUCUGUUUAAAAGGUUGAUCAUUUUAGAAAAUUUGAACACAGGUUGAAAUGUUUCUACAUAUGAAGAGAAUGUUUACAACUUAAAUUUUAGAGCUUGUUUUGGAUGUGAUUAUAUGUAUGAAAACUGUAACACUAUGCUCAUGCUAAGGACCUACUUACAGAAUUACUGAAAUAAAUGUGCUGUGAGGAUGGAAA